AUGGCUGAAAAAAUAUCAACCAGUAGCGAUGACCAGCCCAUCAAGCCAGUGCAGAUCCUAUCCAUGGGCCUGAUCAGAACAGGUUCUGCGUCGAUCACCCAAGCCCUCACAACGCUGGGCUACAAAAACGUGCACCACGGCAUCUCGGCGAUCGCCGACCGGGAAAAAUUCGCCCUCUUCUCCGCGGCCGCCGACGCGCACUUUUCCACGCUACCCACCUACACCGGCAAGGCCUUUUCGCGCGCCGACUGGGACGCCCUCUUUGGCGACUGCGAGGCCGUGACCGACAUGGGAUCCUUCUUUGCGCCGCACCUGAUCGCCGCCUACCCGGACGCCAAGGUCAUCCUGGUCGAGCGCGACGUCGAUCGCUGGUUCGAGAGCACGGACCAGGCCAUCUUCCAGACCACAUGGGACUGGCGGAGUUUUUUCGUUGCGGAUUUGCUAGGUCGGAUGAUGGGGUUGAGGGGGCAUUUGACCAUCCGCAAGGUGAUGUUGGGAUUCUUCGAGGCGAGAAAUGUGAGAGAGGUGAGGGCGCAUGCAAAGGAGAGAUAUCUAAGGCAUAUCGCUGAGGUGAAGGCUGCGGUGGCGCCCGAGAGGUUGCUCGUGUUUGACUUGAAGGACGGCUGGGAGCCACUGUGUGAGUUUCUUGGGAAAGAUGUACCAGACGUGCCGUUUCCUGUGAAAAACGAGCGAAAGGAACACGUGGAGAGGGUCAGGAGAAAGCAAAAGGCGUUUGUGGGUGUCGUUCUGGGCAAGUUUGCUAGGUCGGCAAUCCCGUGGGCUCUCGGUGUUGGAGCUUUUGCCAUAUGUUAUGCCUGCUUGGACAUGGGAAAGAAAGAGUUGGUUUCCAGGGCAGCCGCUGGUGCUCUGAGGAUCAGCAGGAUAUGA